AUGAGUUCAAAAUCUGACAAAGAUACUUUAAUUGAUAUGGGCUUUUCGUCGGAUAUGGUGGAUAAAGCAAUGAAGGCUACAAAAGGUGCAGGUUUACAACCUGCUAUGGAUUGGUUAUUAUCACAUCCUGACGGCGAUAUUGGACAACAAAUUGGUGAAUCUUCCUCCUCCUCUUCUUCUACAGUCAAAAAUAAUGAAGAUGAUGGUAAUCAAUCAAUCAUUAAUUGA